AUGGCAUUCAACAGCUUCGGGGCAUCGAGCCCCGCUAGUGGGAGCGCGUCAGCGGAGCUUGGUCCAGAGCUCUCAGAGGUUUACACUGAUCAAGUUGGCUUCAAGGGCCUCUCUGGCGAUGCUAAUAUCCGUCUACUUCCCACCCCGUGGCCAAGCGAUGCGCUUCCUUCCUCGACCUCUUCUCUCCUAGCUGUCGCGCAGUCCAAAGGAGUGAUGGUAGGCGCUGGUCCUGAUAUGCUUGUCGUCGCGAGCACCGAUUCUGUCAGAAAAGCUAUCGAAGCGCCCGCCGACGAGGACAAAAUGAAGACGAAGGCCUUCGAACCACAAGCAAAGAUCCCUCUCCCUGCGCGCCCGACACAUGUCGCAUUUACCGCGAACGACGACGCAUUGAUUUUAGCCACCGAGAAUGGCUCUCAGUUAUCUGUUUUCCAGACUUCAGAUCUCGCCACGGGAAAUGCGCAACCCGCGAUAUCUAUCCCAACAAAUGGAGUCUCACUUCGCGCUCUGGUGCCCAACCCUGAUCCCAACUCUACCUUCGUUGCCAUGGUCACUACCAACGGUGAACUCCUGAUGGCCGAUUUGAAGGCGGGUAACUUGGUUAAUGGGCCAAAUGGACCUAUUCUGAAGAAUGGUGUCAGCUCUGUUGCAUGGAGUAACAAGGGAAAGCAGAUUGUGGCUGGAUUAGCCGAUGGAACAGCAGACCAGAUGACCCCGGAUGGAACGCAAAAGGACCAUGUCCCUCGGCCUUCGGACCUGGAGGGUGAAUGCCAUGUCUCAUCUAUCGCAUGGCUUGAAAACGACAUCUUCUUCGUGGCCUACACUCCUAAUUCCGCAGAAGAGGACAUGUCAUCCUAUUACAUUAUCACCAGACGGAAGCAGGCACCCUUUCUGAUCCAGAAAUUGCCUGAAGUUUGCCCCACAAUGGGUUUCCAGAUGAGGCACACACCAGCGUAUCAAUUCGUUGCGCGUUUGCGAGACUACAAACCUCAUUUGAAGGAUGCAUUGAUCCUCUCAUCAACAAGGUCUCCUGAUCUCAGUAUCAUCGUUCGCUCCGAACAAUCACUGUCGAGUGAGGACCCAUCGCUCGUGAAUCAGUUCGCCGUCGUCGACUUCAGCGACGAUACAAAGCGGGCUUCUGUUCCAUUGCAGGAUGACGGCGGCGAGACCUCUGUUGUCGGUCUGGCUCCUGAUCUGUCGUCCACCCAGAACGUCAUCAUGCCCAUUCAGGGCGCAGAUAUUACAGAGAGCUCUACUCCUGUGCCCGGUGUAUUCCUUCUCAACAAUGAAGGUAUUCUGUCCUCCUGGUGGUUAAUUUACAACGACGCAAUCCACCAGCAGGUUGCCUACUCCGGUCUCGUCUUCGCUGGCUCAGCACCACAGGCGCCCUCUCAACCCCAGCAAUCCGCCCCAGCCCCAGCCCCAGCCCCUGCCCCUGCCCCUGCCACUACGCAACCGCAGCCCGCUUUUUGUCAGGCAUCCUUUGGCGGAGGGUCGCCAUUCGGUGCGUCUACUUUCGGCAAGCCAUCUGGCGGUCCAGCUCUCAGUAGUCCAUCUAGUAUGGGAGGUUCGACCAUGGGCGCCACAGCAUUCGGAAAGCCAUCCGGUCCUUCAUUUGGAAGCCCCUCUCCGUUAGGCGGCGGCUCGGGUCCGGCGUUUGGUACACCGUCAACCCCGGGGCCUGCGUUUGGUGCACCCUCUCAGCCAGGAUCAGGUUUCGGAACUACGAACACACCAGGGCAGCCCUCAUUCGGCCAGUCGGGCUUUGGCGCUAUGGCCUCUCCAUUUGGAAAGCCUAGCACUCCCGGUAAGAGUCUGCUGGGGACGGGUAAUAGUUCCUCUGGCGGUGGUUUCAGUUCGUUCUCGGGUGGUGGUGGAGGUGGUUUCGCUGGCUUCGCAUCCGCCAAGCCUGGCGAGUCUUCCUUCUCAAAGCCUGCGACAGGUGGAAGUGGCUUCUCGAAGCCUGCCGGAGCCUCGCCAUUUGGGGCCCCGUCGCAGACAGACUCGGCUUUUACUCCCAAGCCCACCGAGGUCAAGAACCCCUUCGGUGCCGGGGCUGGAUCUGGGCCAAGUGGUUUUGUCCUUGGGUCGUCCUUUAAGGGUGACGGCACAGCUGUCAAUGAUGGACCAAAGCCCGACAAGCCCUCCUCGGGGGCCUUUUCAUUUGGUAACUCAUUUGACGAUAUGAUCUCGACACCCAACAAGACGAGCCCUCAAGCCGAGUCUAUGGAUGACGCAGAGGAUGCUGGUACUCCUGAGAAGCCCGCACAAACGGAGCCGAAGUCUAUGUUUGGCGCGCCCAGCAAGCCAGAGCAGCCAGCGAAGAGCGAGCCAACUUCGAUGUUUGGUGCACCAAGCACAUUAGAGCAACCAGCGAAGACAGAGUCCAAGUCACUGUUUGGCGCGCCCAGCAAGCCUGGGCAGCCCGUGAAGAGCGAAUCUACUUCAAUGUUUGGAGCACCCAGCAAACCUGCCACUACCCCGACCUCUCUCUUCGGCCAGCCUUCGCAGCCCACCAGACCCAACCCCUUUGGAAAGCCAAGCGAAUCAAGUUUCUCUUCCGGCGAGUCGAAACAGGCGGAGACGAAGCAGUCCAGCUUCUCCUUGUUUGGCACCAACACAACUACGACCAGCCAGACCUCCCAAAACCAGGUCACCAGCCCUCUGUCUGCACCCUCAGAUAAGACUGCGACUCCAAAGCGAGAAGAUUCGGUUACCACACCCACAUUCCAUUCAAUGGAGGCGCCAUUGCCACCUGAUUCAACCAGUAGGGAUCCUUAUGCUGCCGGCGAUACAUCAGCUUCCUCCAACGUGUCGAAGAGUUCUGUCGAGGACGCGCCACUUCCCCCUGAUUUCGUUUCUGCGAAGAAGUUCUCACCGAAAGAAGACGAGGCUCCACUCCCUCCAGACUUCCUGUCACAAGAGAAGUCCACCCCCAAGGUGGAUGAUGCUCCUCUUCCUCCCGAUUUCGUGGCUAAACCCAAGAAGGAGGAAAGCCCGCCUCCAGUGCCCGAAGAGGCACCUUUGCCUCCGGAAUUUACCACCUCAAAGGCCAAGGCUAAACCGGCGGAGGAGGCUGUUCCGGUCCCAGAAGACUCGGAUGCGGAUUCUGAAGAGGAUGCGGAUGAGUCUGAUUUCUCUGACAGUGGCGAAGAAAUAACUCAUGAUGAAACCGAGAUCCCGAGCCCCAAGCCGUCGGCCGAGAGUUCGUUCGGUGGGGUGUCCGAGAAGAGGUCUACCCGAGGACUUUUCAGUGGAAUUUCUCAGACUGCGCUGAAGCAAGAACAUCCUCCGCGACAGCUGUUCGGUGAGAUCACCAAGCAGCCACUCCUUGCUCCUGGACCCGCAGCGCGAAGCGGUCGUGAACCGUUCCGUUCCCCUAGCCCUACCCGUGUCAGUUCCCAAAAGGAUAAUUUGUUCUCGAAGAAGAACAAGAGCCGUCCGGAAACAGGAAGUGCUCUGACGUCGCGCAAGGCUUCCCUAACCCAGAUGGCCCAGCGCAGAGGACAAUUGCGGAAGCCCAGUGAUACUGCCCACCAGGAGCAAGCUCGCGCUCGGGCAGUUGCUCAACGGCAGGAAGAGGAGGAAGCUCUUUCUUUGUCGGACGACGAUGAGGAUGAGAGACUUCGGGCCGACCUUGCUCGUCCGGUCGAGGCUGUUUCCACUCUUGAUCCGUUCUUGCCACACCAGAACUACAUGGGCGAGACUGCCAAGCCAGGUAUUGCCGGUAUGAUUGAACGUCUGUAUCGUGAUAUCAAUUCCAUGGUUGAUACAUUGGGUAUCAAUGCUCGGUCAUUGGAGUCAUUCCUCCUCUACCAGCAAUCUUCUGAGACUUCCAACGUUGACGACUGGGUGCAUGUCCUGAAAAGCGACCAGCCUGCCGAUAUUUUGGAUGAGGAGGUGUUCCUGCAAGACAUCAACAAGCUGGAGUAUGUUGUGGUCUCUCUCAACCAAUUCCUCGACGAACAACGCGUCAAGGGAGUGGAGGAGAAGCUGGAACAAUGUCGCGAGAUGCUAACGAAGGACAUUGUCACGCUGCGUGGUCAAUGUGCCAGCAUCCGCAAGACACUCGAUGCACACACCGAUACCGGGUCCAUAUUGACGGCGCCACUGUCUGCUGAACAGGCCGCUCUCCAGCACGACUUGCGAACUGCAAUCACACAGAUCCAAGCGAGGAUGGCCGAUCUCGAACAGGGCAUUUCACUCCUGCGAGCCAAGAUUGCUGAUAUCCCGCGCCCUGAUGGCUCUGGCACCGGUCGCAAGCGACCUACCGUGGAGGCCGUGUCUUCGACCAUUGCCACGAUGAUGAGCAUGGCCGAGGGCAAGAGUAGUGACAUCGAUGUUCUCGAGGCUCAAAUGCGGAAGCUCGGUAUCGACCUUAACUCUUCUUCCGCCUCCGUCAGCCGUGAAGGAUCUCCCUUCGCAACCCCGCGAAAGAACGCUGCCCUUUUGCCUGCUACUCCUGGCUCGCGCGGCUCUAUUGAUGGCAGUGCAUAUCAUACACCCGAGUCUGCAUCUCGCGGGGUCAACUUCCGGGCCAGUAUCAGCGGCUCCGCGAAACACAGCCGCCUCCGCAGCGUGGAGCUCGUUGGGUCGGCCGCCGCCAAGGAAGAGAUUGCUCAUUGGGAGAGGAAAUUCUCUAAUCGAAAGGUUCUAGUCGAGAACCUAAAGAGUGCAAUUGAAAAGAAACAGACCAAGGUUCGCAGCGUGGACUGGUAG